AUGCCACCGCAUACAUCAAAGAAGAGCACCUCUGGUAUACGUCGGAAACCAGCAGCCAUUCCACGUAAGAAAAGUAGUCAAGCCUCAAGAAAGAUUAAUGCUCUUCGCAUCAAACCAUCUCCCAAGAAGAAACAAGAAACAGGUAAAGCUUCUAAAACCUCGAUUCCUCAAUCAAAUUUCCCUCGUCAUGAGGUGAUUCCGUCUGCUCUAAGCAAGAAGCCUUCUACUGUUGUAGGUUCGGUGGUGUCCCAGAAACCACCCAAGGGGCUAAGCGGUGGAUUGGCUUUGUUUUAUUUUGAUUCUUUUGAUGUUAAAAUUCUUUCUGCUGAUAAUCGCCUCAUAGACAUUGAAGCAACCAUCGAAGGAAAACAAGUGUUCAUGUCUUUUGUUUACGGUGAUCCGGUGUUCGAACACCGAGAAAAGGUUUGGGACCGCCUCAGCCUUAUUAGUGCCACUCGCCAAGGACCAUGGUAUAUGUGCGGGGACUUCAACGAAAUGGUAAACAAUAGUGAAAAACGCGGAGGGAGGAGAAGAGCUGAAUCAUCGUUUUUACCAUUCCGGAAAAUGUUGGAUGAUUGUGGCAUGAUAGAGUUUCCUUUAAACUCUCUAUCUUGGGUCGGAUAUAGAAGUUCAGGCAAGGUCCAAUGCCGGCUGGAUCGUGCGGUUGGUAAUGAAGACUGGCAUCACAGCUAUUCCCACACAAAUGUGGAGUAUCUAAAGCUUUGGGGAUAUGAUCAUCGACCCGUCUUAACGAGAAUAUUUUCUAAGGUCAUCAGAACUAAGCGAAAUUUCAAAUUUGACAACCGUUGGAUAGGCAAUGAGGGCUUUAAGACAUCCAUUGAGAGAGGAUGGGGUUCCGGUACAGAAUCGAAUCGAGGAGAUAUCCAUACAAAGAUACAUACAUGCCGACGAUCUAUAGCCUCAUGGAAGAAAACGCAGAAAACAAAUUCUUUGAAGAAGAUUGAAGAUCUUAAAGAACAACUCGAGAGGGCUCAAACAGAUGAUUCUACUCCCAGUGCUGUGAUCCUAAUACUUAAAUGGGACCUUUGUGAAGCCUUUAGAGAGGAGGAGAAGUUUUGGAAACAAAAAAGCAGAGUGACUUGGCUCAAAGAGGGAGAUAGGAACACUAAAUUUUUCCAUGCUACUACCAAAGAAAGAAGAGCAAGGAAUCAUGUGACAAAGUUAAAAAGAAUUGAUGGGUCAUGGGCUGAAACCGAUGAUAGCAUUGAGAAAGUGGCAACAGAAUACUUCCAAACUCUCUUCACAUCAUCACAACCUAGUGAUUUUUCUGAAGCCCUCCGUUAUGUCAAAGCACAAGUCACUCCAAACAUAAAUCAAGCCCUGACUCAAUUCCCUUCUAAUGAGGAGAUCAGACAGGCUAUCAAAGAGAUUAACCCUGAAAAAGCCCCAGGACCGGACGGAAUGACAAGUCUAUUCUUCCAAUCCUUCUGGGAGGUUACGGCACAAGACAUCAUCUCGAUGGUGAAAGAUUUCUUCACAUCAAGUUCUUUUGAUAAAAGGCUGAAUAGUACCAACAUUUGUCUCAUCCCCAAGACGGAAAGACCCAAGGAAAUGUCAGAAUUUCGUCCGAUAAGCCUGUGUAACGUCAGUUACAAGAUUAUCUCCAAAAUUCUCUGCAAACGCUUAAAACGCUAUCUUCCAAAGCUAAUAUCAGAAACCCAAUCAGCCUUUGUGGCUAGACGUCUUAUUACAGACAAUAUUCUUAUUGCUCAAGAAGCUUUCCAUGCCCUACGAACGAAUCCAAGCUGUAAAUCGAAAUUUAUGGCCAUUAAAACAGAUAUGAGCAAAGCCUAUGACAGAGUGGAAUGGAGCUUCCUUGAAGCCUUAAUGCUUAAAAUGGGAUUCUCGGAUAAAUGGGUGGCUUGGAUCAAAUCUUGUAUCUCCUCAGUGUCAUACCAGGUUCUUUUGAAUGGGGAAGCAAAAGGAUACAUACAACCUACACGGGGUCUACGACAAGGCGAUCCUCUAUCACCCUUCCUAUUAAUUAUUCUAACAGAAGCUUUGGUGGCACAAAUUCGUGGAGCAGAGGAAGAGGGGAGACUAACAGGACUUAAGAUAGCAAGGAAUAGCCCUCCAAUCUCUCAUCUCCUAUUUGCUGAUGAUAGCUUGUUUUUUUGCAAGGCUAAUGUCCCGCAGUGUGCGGAGUUAAUGAGAAUUAUCGAAUCAUAUGGUCAAGCGUCGGGUCAACAAUUGAACGCAUCUAAAUCCUCAGUUUUCUUUGGUAAGAAUGUCCCACCCGAUCUUAGAAAUGAACUUAAACAAGCACUCGGGAUCACCACGGAGGGAGGCAUGGGAACAUAUCUUGGGCUACCGGAAAACAUAAGUGGGUCAAAAAAGAAGGUUUUCACUUUCAUACAUGACCGCCUAAGCAAAAGGGUAAACUCUUGGUCGGCUAGACUCCUCUCAAAAGGAGGCAAGGAAGUUAUGAUCAAAUCCGUGGCACAAGCGAUGCCAACCUAUGUUAUGUCAUGUUUUCUUCUACCCCAAGAAACUAUCAAAAAACUGCAAGGAGCUAUCUCAAACUUCUGGUGGAGCUCGAAGCAGAAUAGUAAAGGGUUACAUUGGAUUGCUUGGGAGAAAAUCAGCAAGCCACUAGAAGAUGGAGGUUUGGGAUUUCGUGACCUAAAAAACUUCAAUCUCGCCUUACUUGCGAAGCAACUAUGGAGAAUUUUCCAUUACCCUUCUUCACUACUAGCACGCAUCCUGAGAGGAAGAUAUUUUUGGCAAUCAAACCCACUUGAGGUCAAGAAAGUAAACUCUCCAUCCUAUGGUUGGAGAAGUAUGAUGGCAGCAAGAGAUUUACUUGUUUCAGGCCUACGAAGAGUGAUAGGUUCCGGUGCGAAUACGGUAGUAUGGAGAGACCCGUGGAUCCUUGACUCUAAACCUCGUCCACCAAUUGCUAGGGGAACGUUUCAAGACCCAUAUCUCCUUGUUUACCACCUCAUUGACCAAGAAACAAAGGAAUGGAAACUUGACACCAUUCGACAGAUUUUCUCUGAAGACGACGUCCGACGCAUACAAGGAAUAAGGCCUUCCCGAGUCCCAAAGGCAGACCAACUCGUGUGGGCUCACACAAAAUCCGGACUGUACACUGUUAAAUCCGGAUACGAACUUGCAACUACGCUGCUAAAUGAAGAGUCUCUCCCGGAUCAAGAACCAAGUACUAAGGCGCUCAAACGUAAAGCAUGGAAGACUAAGACAACUAAAAAACUGAAACACUUCCUUUGGCAAUGUGUUUCAGGUUGUGUCGCUGUUAAAGAUCGUUUGGUUGACCGGCACUGUGGUUUGGAUCGAACGUGUCCGAGAUGUGAAGACGCCCCAGAGACGAUCAAUCACUUACUAUUUGAAUGCCCUAAAGCUCACCAAGUGUGGGAACUCUCUGACAUUCCAGUUACCCCGGGUGUAUUCCCGUGUAGUUCCCUUUUCAGCAACUUGGAUUACCUUAUGUGGCAAGCACAAGAAUCGGGGGUUCAGGAACAGGUACUAGAGCAGUACCCCUGGAUUGUAUGGUUCAUCUGGAAAGCAAGGAAUGUGAAAGUCUUCGAUGGUAAGGAAGUCGAAGCCCUGGAAACAUUGCAACAAGCAAUUGCCGAAGCCAUGGCAUGGACCAACGCACAACAAAGUGAAACAGAGAGGAACGUAAACGGGUCUCUCCCUUCCACGGUUUUAAUAGAUGACAUAAUCAUUCACCUCCCAAGAUGUCAGAUCGAUGCCUCUUGGGGCACCGAUUCCAACUACAGUGGAGGUGGUCUUGUCAUUGACAAACUAGACGGGACCCGGGUUUACGGCGCUACAGCAAGCUAUCAUACGCUCUCCCCCUUACACGCAGAAUUCUCUGCGCUUUUAUGGACGAUGAAGUCUGUCUUAAGCCUCGGAAUACACUCCAUGCGUUUCGAGACAGACUGUAUGCAACUCGUAAAGCUGCUAGAUGAAGAAGAUAAGUGGCCCUCAAUAGCCCAAGAGUUAGACGAAUUCAAUCUCAUUAGUCUAUCUUUUGUUUCUUGUUCUAUUGUCUUUAUCCCACGAUCUUUGAAUGUCCGAGCCGACUGCAUAUCCAAAGCAGCUCGAGCACGUGGAUCACUUUUUAUCUAUGUAAACUCUUUGAUUCCGACAUGGCUGGCUCACAAGGCUAGUCUUUUCGAUACAAUCUAA